AGCUCUAAAAUCUUCGGUCAGGACAUCACCGGAAUAUUCCAUUGCUUCGCAAUGGGGCUGUGUACUUCGUGCGAGGCGACGACGGUGGCGCCGAUCACGACGGCGAAGCUAAUCCUCAUUAACGGCGAGCUUCGUGAGUUCGCCUGUCCGGUGAAGGCGGCGCAAGCGCUGCAGAAGGAUGAGGAGUUCUUCGUCUGUGACGCCGACGAAAUGGAUUUCGGCGGAUUUGUAACGGCUGUCCCCGACACCGUGGAGCUCCGUCUAGGGCAGAUCUACUUCGUGCUGCCGCGAUCGAUGCUGCGGCAGCCUUUACAAGCGGCGGACCUCGCGGCUCUCGCUGUGAAGGCCAGCUCGGCGCUCAUGAGAGCAGCGCCGGAUGGGGAGACGAAGCUGGUGUUCUCGGAGACGCGAUCCGAGCCGGCUGAAAGAACACCGGAGAGGAGACGGCGGAAGCGGAGCAGUGGAUCGGGGCGAAGUUUUGAGUCAAAUCUGAGUUCGAUUGUGGAAUGAGGAAGGUUAGAUUGGACAAAACGAAGAGAUUCUCUUAACGGGAAAUAGGAACGAUUCCAGGACUGGAAUCGGCGGGGGCGAAAGGAAUGUGAGUCGAUUUGAUGAGAUCGAUCGGAGGAUUAAAGCAGGCGGGUACGAUCAGAUUGUUCAUAGUCAUGCCGUUCCGCAAGGCGGAGAGCUGCUCCGCCACCUUGUUCUCCUGAUUUUCUUGUAAGUUUGAGAAAGAAAAUGAAAGAAAUGGAUACAGAUCUUGGAUCAU